AACUAAGUAUUAAAUUAUAUUUAUAAACUUGGACUUGAAAAUAUAGCAAAAAUAAUAAAGCUGAAGUGUAUAAAAUUAUACAAUAAAUAACCAUAAUGAACUUUCGAGAACUUUAUUAUGAUAACUAAAUAAAAUUGUUAUUUAUUAGUAUACUUAAAUUUGUAAUCUAUACGCUAAUUGUUAUUAUGAAAUAUUAGUAAUAAUUAAUAAAGGAAAUAAAAUGAGUGAUUCAACUGUAAAACCCAUAGAAGACCCAAAGGUAGUCAUGGAAUUAGAGGGUAAAGCCAAAUUACGAAAGUGGCUGAAUAUGAAUUUUAGAAUAGAGAUGACAGAUGGAAGAGUCCUUAUAGGAGUAUUUCUGUGUACUGACAGAGAUGCCAACGUUAUUUUAGGAGCUUGUUCAGAAUAUCUCAAAGGUGUGGAUGGUGAAACUGAGGAGCCACGGGUGUUGGGUCUAGUCAUGGUACCAGGGCGUCACAUUGUAUCUAUACAGAUUGAUGACACAACACCAUCUCAAAAAUAUUUCUUUGAUGAAUGACAAAAAAAUACUGUAAUAUUUAGAUAAUAUAAAUAAUAACAAAAAAGAAUAAUUAAAUAUUUUUGUUUAAUUUAAGAUUGCAUUUUAGUUAACUUCUGCAAUGUUAGUUUUAAUAAAUCUUUUUCAAGAUAAAUAUUUUUGGAAUCAUUAGAAAAUGGAUUAUAUUCAUUAUGUUUACUUGCACCUAUUGAGUCAACAAAACUUAACAAAUCAUUGCAAAUUACUUGAAUACUUUUUGGUUCAUUUAGAACUUCAUUCAAAAAUUCUUUUUUUAAAAUGUCAUUUAAGCAAAUGUAGGGAUGCUUAAAUAUCUUUUUAAAAUUCAUGUAAAAAUGUACACACAAACUUCUGACAUCCUCAUCUUCAUCUUGCAAGAGAAUGAUUGCUGAUUUAAUAGCAUUAAUUUUUACAUCAUCAGAAUAACUGCUUAACUCAUUUCCAAAUUCAUUAUUGGCUAAUGUUGCUAUAUAUCUCAUGUCUACAUCAUUAUUUUCAGGAUUACAUAAUUCAUAAAUGCUUUUUGACAAUAAUAAUAAAUCUUCAUUUUUUCUUUGUUUUACCAGGAGUCUAGUAGAGAAUGGAAUCAGAUAUCUUAGUUUGUAUGAAGUAUCUUUUAUAUGUUUAUGUAUUCCUUGAAUGUUACAUAUUUCCACAUUGAUGUCUAUUUUAAGAGAAAUAUUAUAAAGUAAUUUCCAUAACGAUGAACUCUCAAAUAUAAUUUCAGAUGACAAGAGUAUUUUUGCAGAUUCUAAUAAGAAAUCUUCAAAUGGCUUUGUAUCACUUUCUAUUCUUUCAAUAAAUGUAUCACAGUAUAACACAAACUCGUGAGUCUUUAAAAGUAAACUCAGUGUAUCAGGAACCACACUCCAUGGCAUAUUUUUUAUAUAUUUCUGAAUCUUAGAAUUUGCCCAGAGGGACACUCCUGGCUCAUAUCUCUUACUAUUUUCUUCACAAAGUAUAUUUUUAAUCAAUUCAAUUGUAAUAUUUUCACAUUCAUUACAGAACUUAUCCUGAGUCCAUCUACACAUAUAUGAUUGAGAAUUUUGCUUUAAUACGUCAUGAUACUUUCUACUUAAUUUGUCUAAUUUUAUUAACUCCGUAUGAGAAAAAUAUUUAUAACAAUUUGAAAUUAACAUGAGAAUUCCAUGCAAAUAAUUUUCUGUUAAAAUUUCGAUAUUUUCAAGAACAUUAAAUAAUUUAUCAAAUGAAUAUAUAUUUGUUAUACAUUGUGAGGUCAAUCUUCUUACAGUGUAGAUUGGACUGCCGAGCAACGACAAGAGAUUUGAUAAAAGACUUAGAUCAGAAUUUUCUUGUUCUAUCAAGUCAAAAGAGAAAUUAUAUCUUUUGGCCAAACUUGCUAAGACAUUAAGUAUUGGUACUAAAUUGGAAUGUGCUUGAAUUAUAUCUUUGUAAUCAUUUUGUUUAAUUUGCUUGAUGAUAUACCCCCAUAA